AGUUGGUAAAAAAGUUAAAUCAUACACAUGACAUUCAAUACCGUAAUCAAUUUUCUUCAGUUUUACUUUUAUAAUAAAAGAUUAUUUUGGAUAUGUGUAAUAGUUAUUUCGGCAUGGAAUAUGGGCUCGAUUUUCCUUCUCACGGUGACAAGAUUUCAUACAGAUUCGACAAGUAUAGGAGUAACGACUACGUAUAUUCAUUGGUCUAACACUUUUCCCACAACCAGUAUAUGUCUUAUAAAAAAUAAGAUAACCAAUGAUUUUAUAGAAGCUUUAAAGAAACGCACCACUAAGAACAAACCUCUUGCAAGUACUUAUAUAAAAACUAUAUUUGACUACCUGUUUGUAAGCUCCGAAAACAGUAAUAUUAAAGAAGUAUAUUGUAAAGGCUAUAAUUCCACAUGUGGUGUUAAUAUUUUGGAAAUGCGAAGAGAGUUGCUGGCCCAAUCAUGUGCUAAUGUUAUUAAGAGAAUCUAUUUCGCUGAUGUUUUAUUGCCCAAUUGCGAAGCAAUAUUUAAAUUUCAUGAACUGGAAAUGGGUAAUUGCUUCCUUUCUAACAAUUUAAUUGACUUCUAUCUGGAACAAACCCGGCAGAAAUAUACAUAUCGCUUACUAUGA